GGCAGGGGUAGCUACGAUGACUUUGGGCUCUUUUCUUCAGACUUCCUUCCACACGGACAACAAACCUUAUCACUGUUUCAUUUCUAGUUGGGCAGGGCUGCGUUGCCACGACAAUCUAAUCUGUCUUUCCCAGCCUCACCAAUUCGUCGUGCGUGUUACCCUCGGUCCCUCCGUACCCUCCAACAAACCAAAAUUUCUCGAGUCUCGAAGCUCCUUUUUCGUCCCAGGACAAGAUGCAACUCCUCCCGCCGCCAUUGUGGCUCCUCAUCGCCGCGCAGAUUGACGCGCAGGCCCAACUCCCCACCGCCGUCCGGAAGAUGCCCCCCGACGCCGGCGAGAAGUUCCACCACGAGUACUGCGCCUUCGCCGAGGAAGGGGCACUGGCCGGGCGGGCCGCCCCCCUCCUCGCUGCCAAUGCCUCGGCCCCGCUGCCGUACCGCCCGCCGUUCGCCCCGCACGACGAACGCUCGCAGUACCCCGGCCAGAUACCUCGAAGCGGCGGAGAUGUGGACGGCAGGGGGUAUGGCUGGCGGCUGCUGAGGCGGGCGGCUGCCGGGGAGCUGGCGCGCCUGAAGGGGAGGGAGUGGGCCUGUCCCGGAGACACCAGCAGUUGCGCGGGCAUCGGCUACCCGAAUAGCUGCUGCCAGAGCGGAGAGACGUGUGUUGAGAUCGAAGAUACGGGCUUGGGGCCGGUUGGAUGCUGUCCGUCUGGGUCGACGUGCGGGGGGUCGAUAUCGGGAUGCGCCUCGGGCAACACGGCCUGUUCAUCUGAAAUUGGGGGUGGUUGCUGUAUUCCCGGCUUCGUGUGCGAGGGAGUAGGCUGCGUCCCCAGCGCCCCGGUCAUGACAACAAUGACCACCACUUCCACCAGCAUCGUCUCAGCGCCCACGCCAUCCACCAUCAUUGUGACCGUCAUCAUCACGCAGACCCAAUCCCAAUCCAAGCCCCAGACAAGCACCACAACCAGAAUCGUCAGCCCGACCAACACCCCAGCAACAGGCAGCACCACCACCUCCACAACCGACAACGGCAUCUCCGCCCCCGUCCGCCCAACCUCCUCCUCCUCCACCUCAGAACCCAGCGGCACCAACACCUACUGCCCAACAGGCUUCUACGCCUGCCUCGCCUCCGCCGGCGGCGGCUGCUGCCAGACGGGGCGCGACUGCAAGACGACCUCGUGCCCGCCGCCCGCCCGCCCGACGACCGUCGUGGACGGCAACGGCGUCACCGUCGUCGUGCCCGCGGCCGCCGUCCCCGCCUCCACGACGGCCACCUGCGCCUCGGGCUGGUAUCUCUGCGACGGCGACGACGCCGAUGCCGGGCUAAGGCCGGGCUGCUGCCCCUCCGGGUACGGCUGCGGCACCGCGAGCUGCAUGCUCGUCCGCGACGGGGCGACGGCGAGCGUUGCGAAGGACUUGCCUGGCGGCAGCAGCAGCGGGGCGGGGAGGGGGAAUGGGGCGCGGACCUGGGGGUUGGUGGGUUGGGUGGUUGCGGUGGCCUUUAUCACCAUGGUAUGA